ACCACUGCAGAAAUAUUUUCGAUUUGAAAACUGGGUAUGGGGUAUUAGCAAUUGUAAAAUAGGUCUUUCAGACGAGCAUUGAGGCGAAACGGCUUAUACGACAUUGUGAGCUGAGGACAUUGGUAAACUUCGUGCUCGUUAGUUGAAAGGUUAAGAUGAGCACAUUUGCUGUGUAUUGCGUGGUUCUUGUCACCUUUAUGUUUUAUUAUUCUACUGAUGCUAUUUCUAGCAUUAAAGUAGAUGCCACACCGACCACGAUAUGCCCGAUUUUAUCAAAGAAGCUACAGAUAAAAUGUUCAGUGAGAACCGUGGCAGAUACAACGACAGUGCAGCCAACGACUACUACAACUAAGACAACAACAAAACCAACCUCCACCACUAAAACGACAACGAAAGCAAUCGUCGCCACCACCAAAGCACCAUCAGCAACAACCACUACGAAACCAACAACCACACAGCCCAAGUCAACAACAGUCCUGAACGCCCCCAUCAACUCAGACAUGACAUACCUCCUGUCAAUCGUUAUUUCAAAACAGAACUCGGUCACAGGUAAAACGGACACUGUGGCCAGUGUAGCUGGACGUCUCGCGGCCAAUGCCGAGGUCCAGUAUCUGGGAACUGUCGAGGUCCAGGGUAACACAGACAACUCGACAAAAUCAGGAGAACAAGGUUUCUUACAGCUGACCUGGAACUAUCCACUGGAGCAACAUGGCGGCAACUACAUUUGUACGGCGUCUGGCCUCAACUCAGCCAAACAAACUGUCUCGUUAAGUACAUCCGUGCAGAUUGUGGUCACACAGCCCAACAUCUCCGACCUGGUUAGUUAUAUUUCUGACCAUGAUAAAUCACUCACAGAUUUACAGCUUCAAGCAACACAACAGAGUCACAGCACCCAAGUUAUGAAACUUGACAUGGAGGAACUACAGGCUAAUCAGACCAAACAAGCAUCGGAAGCAGUGGAUGAAUUGAAAAGUGUACUCGUGCAUAAUGUACAAUCAGGAACCAAUGUUUGCUCUGAGAACGUGCAGUACUUUAAUGUGUCCUUCAAUACUACACCGAUUGUUUAUGUGUCUGUUUCUAGAUUUAACUUAUCUCCAGACUCAUCUGCCCGGUAUGCUAGCAUGAAUUGGCAAGUGUCUAUCCAAACGGUUACGCCUUAUUUCUUCACAAUGAGCUGUUCGCAUUCUAAUUAUCUCACUCUGUACAAUGUUGACUGGCUUGCCAUAGCAAAUGAAAAUAAAAAUAACCAGCAAUGAUACUUACAAGUUUAAAAAUCUUUAUUGGUUAAUUAUAUUCAAAGAUCAGUGUACAUAUCUUAAAAUUAGUGUACUUUUUGUAUAAACUGUAAA